UCGACGCUGGGCCGGCCGCCGCCUCGCUGCCUGUGCCCGCUGCGCGCACUCCUCUCGCUCCGCUUGCUGGCACAGCUGCGGCCGAAGCGUCCCCUGGGGUCGGACGAGAGCCGAGCCCAUGGCCGCCGUGCUAUCCUACGAGAGCCUGGUCCACGCUGUGGCCGGCGCCGUGGGAAGCGUGACCGCCAUGACAGUGUUUUUCCCUUUGGACACCGCCAGGCUUCGACUUCAGGUUGACGAGAAGCGGAAAUCCAAGACGACACACAUGGUGCUGAUGGAGAUCAUUAAAGAGGAAGGCCUCCUGGCGCCGUACCGAGGGUGGUUUCCAGUCAUCUCCAGCCUUUGCUGCUCCAAUUUUGUCUAUUUCUACGCUUUUAAUAGCCUCAAAGCUGUCUGGGUCAAAGGUCAACAUUCUACAACAGGAAAGGACUUGGUGGUUGGAUUUGUUGCAGGUGUGGUGAACGUGCUCCUGACCACGCCGCUCUGGGUGGUGAACACGCGGCUGAAACUCCAGGGGGCCAAGUUCAGAAAUGAAGACAUUGUGCCCACCAACUACAAGGGCAUCUUAGAUGCUUUCCACCAAAUCAUGCGGGACGAAGGGGUCAUGGCUCUGUGGAACGGCACGCUUCCCUCCCUCCUGCUGGUCUUCAACCCGGCCAUCCAGUUCAUGUUCUACGAGGGGCUCAAGAGGCAGCUCCUGAAGAGACGAGUGCAGCUUUCUUCUUUGGACGUGUUUGUCAUUGGGGCCAUUGCUAAGGCCAUUGCCACCACAGUCACUUACCCGAUGCAGAUGGUGCAGUCCAUUCUGAGGGGUCAGUGCUCUAUCCACUGUGCCACCGAGCUGACCCCAGGGGUUGGACUGUCAAAUAAGGAGGUAGGCUGAAAACCCUCAACCCCUCCUGCAGAGAACAGCCUUGAUCAUGAGACUCAGCGGCCUCCCACCCACUGGACAAAGGAAUCCAUUUCUACUCAGACCACUUUGGAUGGUUUUCUCCUGCAUGAGCUGAGUCACCCUAAACUCCAGUGGAGUGGUGCAAGGACAUGGGCUUAACACUUGGGGACCAGAAUUCACCCAGAUUAGAUUUCUGUUUACACUCCAAACAGAAGUAAGGUCUUCCAGUUGGGUGGGGUCCUGCCCAAGGUCACAGAGCCCACGGGUGCCUGAGGGGUAGGCCGGUCUCAUCUGUCAGCCUUGUCCUUGGGAGACUGGCUGAAUGACCUACAGGGGCUGUCCCUGAAUGAGAAAGUAGAAAGAAAAAGCCUCAAUGCUGAUUUAAUAGUUGGUUGUUAAUAUAACAGAAAAGAGUCACUUCCCUCACCCCUCAUGCUGCUCCCAUGCCCCCUUUUCUUCUGACUUCUGCGAGGACGGCCAGGGUGGCCGUUAGCAGAUCUGCACAGUGUGGACCCCUGGGGGCCUUUGUGCCUGGUGCCACAGCAGAGGGUCAUCACCACGCCGGCCCCAGGAGGAUGAAGUUGGGGCCCCCUGCCAAGGCCUAGAUGAGUGUGAUGGCUGGGGAUGGUGGAGGAAGGACCCAUUGAUGCAACUGAGAAAGAAAAGCGAGGUGGGACCCGACCACUCCCCUCUCAUUCUGACACAGCAGGUGAUCCAGGAGCUGAGUCUUGGCAGUUACAGGCACUGCACAGGAGCCCAGGUUCCAGCCAUCUCUCCAGCUUAGCUAGGAGUGUUGAAGGGGUUUGUGAAGUCACAGCUUUGUUUUAGGGUUCAAUGAAGUCGAUUCAUUUUGAGUUCCACGUGGGAAAAAGCAGAAUGCUGGUGGAUUGCUCCUUGCUCAGCUCAUUCUCAAUCAUACUUAGCUUUCACAGUGGCCACUUAGCGGAAAUGUUUUUGCCUGGUCAUGGUCCUCCUCGAUGGCCCCUAGCAGCCUGGACAGCACCAGUGGAGCCCACGCUUGGGGAGGCCCAACCCUGUGGUUGGCCCCGAGCUAAGAACCAGCCUGGAGGUGUUUGCCAGGGGCUCCCCCAAGUCUGCUUCUCAGCCACAGAUGCUGCGCAGAGAACAUGUGAAGGGCCUGCCUUCUGGGUGGCUGGAGGGAGCACCUUGCCAUGCCUCAUGGGCCCUGGGAAGAGGGAAGCCCUCGGUCCAGUGGCUUCCAGAGACGCUGAUGGGAACACUCACGUGGUUGGUCCCCCAGCUGUCUGCUGAUUAGCCUCAGGUGGAGGAGCAGAAGAAAGGGGAGAUGGUCAUCGUUGCCUUGGUUAGCUGGGGCUGGUGAGACUCUCCCAGCUCUGUCUGCCCCUUCACUGAGGAGGUGACAGGCCAUUCAAAAUGUCUUCGUGACUGCCCGUUGUCACUGCGUUAUCCCCCGGCUCCUCUCUGUGCAGAUGCGAAGGUGAGUGCAGCUCAGAAAAUAAUUGCUGGGGGGGUCUCUGUCUGCAUCCUUU